GGGUUCGAAAUCUUGAAGAGGAAAAGAAGGCCGUAAAACAAUUUCUGACGUUUCUUGUGUGAAAAGAUCUGCGUUUCAAGGGAAACUUCAUCAGAAAGACUGCCAAAGUUGUUCGCGAUUGGUCCCCUUGUUCUACUGAGAGGGAUUCAGUUCCAUAGUAUCCUUUGAGAUGGGUUCGCUUUCCAGAACUUGCGAAAUUUCUGAGGUAAUGGAUGAGCCGACUUCUGUUCGGCAUUCUAGAGGAACUUCUGGGUUUAGUUUGGACGAUAAAGAUGGAAAACUGGCCGUGCUCCGACUAGGAUCCAGGGAUUCUCUAGAAGAUGAUAUUAAUCAGCUCUUUGAAUCGUUUAAUCUUAGAAGUUCCUCGCGGUGUAUGAGUCCUGCAAACCAGCUAGGCUCGAGUCCUCUUAGAAAGAAUGCUUUGAAAAAGCCCAUCACGGUAGGAGUGCCUCGGUCGCCUGGAUUUGGUCAUUCCGAGCCCGUGUCAAUAAAGCAAGCUUUGAGAGAUGUUUGUUUGUCCAAGGCAUCAGAAAUGGCCGCCAUGAAACGAUUGUCAAAGCGUCCAUCUACUUCAGGAGUCUCCGAGGCUGGAAGGAUUAAGACAUUAUACGAUACCAAAAUUGUCGAAGUCAGUGAUUCAGGACCUUCCUCACAGGAAAGGAAGGGGAGCAUGGUGGAAAUAUCUUUGGUGCCUGAAGAGGGCAGCUCAAGCUAUUCUGGAAAGAAGGUGUCUCAGCAAGUUUGGAUACCCGAAACAUCAAAUCGCAAUGCUCAAUCUUCACUCCAACAUGUGGUUGGAGUAAUUCCUCAUGGCAUUCGCAGUACGGAUCCUAUAGUAAGUAAAAACGAGGUAGUUUCCGGAAAAAAGAGAAUUGAAAAUCAAUCUCGAUUUGCUGGAUCCGUGGAUACAUAUAGUCAUUCGACAUCGUCUUGUUUCACAAGCUCUUCAAAGGACGUAACCGGGGAUGUUCAACUGCCCACGUUAAAAUCGUCCAAUCAGACACCUCGUUCUCCUCAAUUAAUAGCUCCAACAUUGCCCAAAGGUACUGCUAGUAUUCUAAUGCAAAGGGAUACCGUCUGUAGGUCGAAUAAGGUUGGAACUGAAAUAUUGAAGGUGGAGACGUCCCCUGAGGAGGAGUGCACACAGGAAUCAACAUCUUCUCAAUAUUCUCCUGCUGCAGGGGGUCAAAAUUUUGAGCCACAGGAUGAUGUCGCCAUCUCAGCCAAAGCAGGUAACAAAGCUUCACCAUCGAAACCGGGACGUAAAGGAAGAGUUCAGAUUUCGCCUUCAUCAUCUGGUUCAGUUAAUGUUAAGAGAGUUGGCAGAUUGGGUAGGAGCACACCUCGCGCUGGCAAAACUGUCAUCAAAAGUAAAAGUGUUGCCAAAAGGAAGUCGAAGUUGGGUAGUUCUGCUGUUGGCAACACCGAAACACAGGCCGAAGCCAGCAAACGCACAGUUACCAGUACAGAUCACCUAAUUUGUCAGAGAUGUCAGUGUUCUUUGGUGGGUUCAAAUAAUGAGUCUAAUCAAACUCAUGCAUCCGCCGAGGGCCCCAAUUCAAGAUCCGGAGCAAAUAUAACGAACAUUGAACCGGGUUUGAGCAGGCCAGAAUUCAUUCCUAGCAUUCCCAAUGGCAGCAAAAAAGAUGUAGUAAAAGCAAAAGUGAACCUGAAGCUGAGAGAUAAGGGCGAGUUCUCUCAAAGUUCGAAAAGCAGCAUAGGUGACUUUAGUAGCAGUACCACAAGCAUGAGUGACGAGAGCAAUCUCAGCAGGUCUAGUUGCAGCAACAGGCCUCACAUGUCAAAGGACGUCAGAUGGGAAGCCAUCCGUCAUGUGCGUAGACAACAUGGAGCCUUGGGGUUGAAGCAUUUCAAUCUUUUAAAGAAGCUCGGUUGUGGAGACAUUGGCACUGUUUAUCUGGCAGAAUUAAUUGGUACAAAUUGCUUGUUUGCCAUAAAGGUGAUGGAUAAUGAGUUUCUGGCGAGAAGGAAAAAAAUGCCAAGGGCACAAACAGAGAGAGAAAUAUUGAGAAUCCUGGAUCAUCCAUUUCUUCCAACUUUGUACACUCAAUUCACAUCAGACAAUUUAUCGUGUCUAGUUAUGGAGUAUUGUCCAGGUGGAGAUUUGCAUGUCCUUAGGCAAAAACAGCCAGGAAGGCAUUUUCUUGAACCAGCAGCUAGGUUCUACGUCGCUGAAGUCCUUUUAGCCUUGGAGUAUCUGCACAUGCUUGGAAUUGUGUACCGUGACUUGAAACCAGAAAAUAUUCUUGUCCGUGAAGAUGGCCAUAUUAUGCUUACAGAUUUCGACUUGUCUCUUAGAUGCACUGUCAGUCCAACUCUCCUUGAAUCAUCUUCCAUUGCUGAACCUGCCAAGGUUUCUGGUCCAUGUACAGAGUCGAGUUGCAUCGAGCCUUUCUGUGUGGAGCCAGCUUGUCGAGUUCCUUGCUUCAGCCCAAGGAUCUCACCUGCUUCAGCUAAGACACGGAAGGCAAAAGCUGAUAUUGGAACCCAUGUUAGAUCAUUGCCACAGCUUGUGGCUGAGCCUACUGACGCGAGAUCCAAUUCUUUUGUCGGGACCCACGAAUACUUGGCCCCGGAGAUCAUCAAGGGGGAGGGUCAUGGAGCUGCAGUGGAUUGGUGGACGUUUGGAAUUUUUCUCUAUGAGCUUCUCUAUGGUAAAACACCCUUUAAAGGUCCGGGGAAUGAAGAAACCCUAGCGAACGUGGUGUUACAGAGCCUCAAGUUCCCGGAAUGCCCAUUUGUGAGCUUCCAAGCUCAAGACCUCAUAAAGGGAUUGCUGGUAAAGGAGCCCGAGAAUCGUUUGGGAUCAGAGAAGGGGGCUGCGGAAAUUAAGCAGCAUCCCUUUUUCCAGGGCUUGAAUUGGGCUCUAAUACGUUGCGCCGUUCCACCAGAAUUACCAGAGUCAUUUGAAUAUGGAGUUAAAUAUAUGGGGGCUCAGGAGAUGAAGAGCAACUACCUAGAUUGUAAAGCUACGGCAGAGCAUUUGGAGUUCGAGUUGUUUUAGUGGUAAAAACUCUGGUCCGGGUGAGGCUAGUGGAGUUCCGUUUGAACUUCCUACUCCCGAAAGCUCGAGUUCGGGUCUUGUAACUUGUGCGUAGCUCACGAUGUAAAUUCGGUCGCAGAUGUUGGAAUGAUAUAAAGCUUAAAGCACGGAAUAUCAGAGGAGAGUUUAGUCGAUAA